AUGUUAGCAGAGGAGCAAGUUCGAUCCAUGCUCACUAAGAUGAUAACCAUGGUGGCGGGACAGUUUGCAGUCGAGACUGUGAGUGUGGCGGGGGACCCAUAUACUGAUGAGGAACUGUGGGCGGAAUUCCUCCGGACGAAGUGGGCAAACAAACUGGACAUCCAGAUAUGCAAAGUCAGUCCACUGCCUACUUCAGAGAUUCAUGGACAUAGUGAUGACGACUCCACACGCAAAUGUUCCCAGACGGAAGGAGGUUACUAUGCAAUAGAGGUGGAGGGUGAUUACUGCGCUAUGAAGCAGAAGACAGGCCACAUCAUGGCUGGAGUGACCUCAUUUGGUCAAGCCCCUGACAGAAUGAGGGCAUGGGAUGCCUGUAGAGAGGUUCCUGUAAUUCAGGAUGAGCAAAUACCCAGAAAGUGUUUCCAGUUUGUUCAACGAUUUUGCUGUGCUGUUGUUGGCUUGCUUGUGUUUGUUCUUGCAGUUUGCAGUAAGUCAUCAUUUCUGCUUUUGGUGACACUGGGAAACAAUGCCACCAUUACCGUACCAACGAGUCAAAAACCCAGUGCUCUCCUCAGCAUUGGUUGUACUUUGGUUGGACCGAGUGUUUUACUCCUGAUAAAGAGCCUCUGGAAGUUCAUCUUCAAGAGUUCAGGAAUACCAAGUAAAAAGACUGUGCUGUGGGUGGUGUGCAUAGAGUUCCUGGUUGCCAUUGGAACUGUUCUUCUCACAGUUGUUGCCAUGCCACAUUUUGAUAUUGUCACCAACAUAAUGCUCCUAAACAGUGUGAGUUUCCUUUCUGCUGUGCUUCAAGUGGCAGCUGACUGCCUCGCCAAGGAGAGAAAGAGAUUCAUAAUGCUCCCUAUCAUCGCCAUUGUCCUCAUUAUUCUCGGUUACGUUUUGUUCAUACUCAGUUUCCUUGUGGGAGAACAAAACAGUUCCUUGGAAUCCCUUAUUGCAGUGGGCGUAGCCAUACUGGGCACCUUCUUUAUCUCUUUAAACUGGUGGGAGAACUAUAGCACCCUUUUCAAUGUUGGCUUCCUGAACGACAUCUCUAAGGACAUUGCGGGAUCUCGUAAUAUGGUCUGCAUCCUGUCAAGUAUGGUCAGAAUCCUCAUCACAGGAAUUGUGGUUGGAGCCUACGUGCCGCUGUACGGCUAUGACUGGUAUACUAUAUCAUCUCUCCCCUCAGACGUGGGUGACAUCAUCCUUGGCUUGGUUGUCAUCCAGGUUAUUUCCUCCGCCAUGUGCCACUGGUUUGCGGUGGUGGCCUGCAAGAUACAUGCCUUGCGUCGUAGCUUUGUCGUCCCAAUGUAUUUGGCUUCUGUGACUGUUUUAGCCUUUUUUCUGGUUCCAGUAAGCAUCUAUUCUCAUGGUGCAACAGAACUUCCAGCAAAUGUAAGCUAUUGUCAGAGUCUCCAGCUACCUGGAUAUGAAGGUUUCAACAUUAGUUGGUUUGAGGGUUUGAUGAAGGACGUCACUCGCACGCUCUGCAACCACGAGAUCAGUGCAGAAAAGGAUGUGACCGGAUUGGCUUUUCUGGGCGGCUUGGCCCUCUGCUGGUGGUUGGGACUCAUAUUUAGUACAUUGUACAUCUGGUAUCUGAGGAUCGAGCGCAUUGAGAGAACCCAAGAUCUGUUUGUUCGCCGAAUGUAUGAGAGUGCGUUUCUGGAACAGUCCAUGCUGCUCAACACUCGUUUCAAAAUCAGAAAGAGGAUUAAAGAAAGACGGCCCAAAGAGCCAGUAACAGUGUAUCUGUGUGCAACAAUGUGGCAUGAGGCUUAUGACGAAAUGAUGAGAAUGGUCAUUUCAAUGUUUAGGUUGGACAAAUACAGGCCAAAGACAACAGCAGCCAGCGAUGCCGUCUUUGAAUUCCAUAUCUACUUUGAUGAUGCCUUCAAAGAUGUAGAGGACAGUAAAGAGAGGCAUGUUAAUGAAUAUGUUGAGACACUGGUGGAAGUCGUCAGAGAAGUCUACAUUAUCUUCGGUGAAGAGGAUUCAUGUAUCUUCAAGAAACGUCCACCUGUUCCUCAUCAGAAGAUCAUUCGGACCCCCUAUGGAGGCAGGCUGGAAUACACUCUCCCUAAAGGCAACGUGCUGAUGGUUCACUUCAAAGACAAACAGCUGAUCCGUCACAAGAAGAGAUGGUCUCAGAUUAUGUACCUCUAUUACCUGCUUGGCUGGAGACUGAACAGAAAGUUCUUUAAGAUGUUUGAAGAGGGUGGAGACAAGAAUGCACUUAACGAGGCUCUGAAGAAAGAGAAAGAGAACACCUACAUCCUGACCCUGGAUGGGGAUACAGAGUUCCAACCCUCUGCUCUAAUGCUCCUGAUCGAUCGCCUUAAACUCUAUCCAGAUGUUGGGGCAGCUUGUGGACGAAUUCACCCCACAGGCGCAGGACCCAUGGUGUGGUAUCAGAAGUUUGAGUACGCUGUUGGCCACUGGAUGCAGAAGACAGCAGAACAUGUGUUUGGCUGUGUGUUGUGUAGCCCUGGCUGUUUCAGUCUUUUCAGAGGGGCUGCUCUCAUGGAUGACAAUGUCAUGAAGAGAUACACCACCAAGGCCACCAAAGCCAGCCACUACGUACAAUAUGAUCAGGGUGAGGACCGUUGGCUAUGUACACUGCUACUACAACAGGGCUGGAGGGUGGAGUAUAACGCAGCUGCUGAUGCCUACACCAAUGCCCCGGAGGAGUUCAAGGAUUUUUACAACCAGAGGAGGCGCUGGAGUCCCUCCGGCUUGGCCAAUACCAUUGACCUGUUGGGUUCAGGGAAGUUGACCUCUGAACGGAACAGCUCCAUCUCCAGACUUUACAUUCUCUAUCUGAUUCUUGUCACAGGGACUUCAAUCCUGGGCCCUGCCACCAUCUGCCUCAUGAUAGCAGGGAGCUUCCAGUUCAUUUUCAAUAUCCAGCCCAAUAUUGCCCUUCUCCUGGCCACAUUACCCCCUCUUGUCUACUUGGGCCUGUGCUUCAAGCUGAAAGCAGACAACCAGAUAAAAGUAGCUGGUGCAAUGAGCGUAUUAUAUGCGUUUCUCAUGCUGGCCACCAUGCUGUCCAUCAUAGCAAAUAUUGUGGAGGAGAAGUCAUUUAUGACUCCGUCUGGCCUCUUUUACAUCGGUCUGAUUUCGAUUUACGUUGUGACGGCAGCCUUACACCCACAGGAGUUCUCUGUCAUUAUCUACGGCUUUUUGUACUUCCUCUGCAUUCCCAGUGGGCACAUGCUUCUCAACAUCUAUUCUUUGGUCAACAUGAACAACGUUACAUGGGGAAUCCGUGAGAUCAGUGGCCAGGCCAAGGCUCAAACAGCUGAUGCCAUUAAAAAGCAGUUAAUGCAGGCUCGAUGCUGCUCAAGGAAUUCCUGUCAGCUGAGAGGCCACCCCAAAGAUGAGACAAAGUUUUGGCGAGAGCUACAGAAGAAGUACUUGGAACCUCUGGUGGAGGGUAAAGAACAGCAGAAAAAAUUUGCAAGAGAUCUAAAAGCCCUCAGAGACAAGGCAACAUUCACUUAUUUCAUCUGUAAUGCGUUGUGGUUGGUGGCAACUUCUUUUCUCCAAGCCAUCGUGAAUACAAUCUCCAUACCAGUCCCAAAGUUACAUGCUAAUGGGACAGUGGUGAGAGGAGAGACCAUUUCCAUUGAACCAAUAGAAUUGAUGCUUCUGCUUGGAUUUGCUGUAAUAAUAGUAGUGCAGUUUCUUGCAAUGUUGUACCACAGAAUUUAUACCCUAAUCCAUUUGGUGUCAUACAUUGCCACGGAAACCAAGGCUGCCAAAAAACAUGAGAAAAAAUCAUCUAGACAGAGUGCUGAAAGUGAUACACAGGUCUCAACAGCCCUGGAAGCUAUCUAUAAAAAUGGAGCAAUAGGACAGGAGACAACCAUAUACUUUCAGAACCCUUUAUGUGAAGACUCGCUCCACUAUACCAGUCUGUAG